GCUGCAGCAUUGUCGGGAGCACCAGCCGCCGCGCCGCGCCUGUUCCUCUCCGAAACAGAAGCAGUGUCUCGCGAAAAACAAAUAAUGCUCGCGGAGCCUUCCGUCGCGUCGGGGUCGCGGCCGCCAGUUGCCAGCAACAAUCACUGACUCCCGCAGCACCGAGCAUGGCUUCGGGCGGGCCACCGGGGGCCGGGGCCCCGAGGUGGGCCCGCUUCCGAGUCCGCUAGGCCCUCGCCGCGCCGCCUAUAUCGAUUCUCUCAGCACUCAGGCAGAGCCAAGAGGCACACGCACUGCUCCUCGCACCCAACACACACACACGCAGUCCAGAUGAGUGACACUUUGACGCAUCCGUCGUCGCCACGCGGGUCUCCAGGCACGCUGGAGACUCAGCUGGACCACUUGCUGGAAACUUUCAAGCGCGGCGCCACCCGGGCGAUGAUGGAGUCGCCGGUCUCUAGCUCUUCAUCGACGUCGCAAGACCAAGGCAGCGACACCGACAUCCCAGGUCGUCUGCUUCGAUUUCGUCUGCCGUCAGCACGGCGUUUGCCGUUCAACCUGAGCCUGAAGCGCAGUCGGAGCGGCGUGAGUGCACUGAGUUCGGAGCAGGAGUCGCCGCCGUCCGAGGGUGCGACGCCGGCUGCGACGCCGCGGUGCCCGCUGGCGGCGUCGCGCAGCGCCGCCCACGCACCACACCGUCGCUCGCUGCCCGGCCUGCUGGAGGCCUCAGGGGCCGCCUCCUGCGCCUCCAGUCCCGUGCACCAGCCUGGCGCGAACAAGUGCUGCACCUCCACCGCCGACCUCUCUGCAGCCAGUCCCCCAGCCCCAGAUGACGGAAUGGUGGACGUUGAUUACGAACUAACUCUCUGCGAUGUCGCCGAUGUUUUACGCGGCAGAUACGCGAUCAUCACAGGUGGCAAAUCCCGAGAUGGACGGCCACUUAUUACUUUCCCAGACCUGGGAAACUUCUCCUUGCUGGAGGACGAAGAUUACCAGCGUCUUAUGGUGUACCUGACCUCUGUUCCCUCUAUGCAAGAGGCAGAUGUGGGUUUCGUUUUGGUGAUAGACAGACGAAAUGACAAGUGGAACUCUGUAAAAACGGUUCUGCUCAAAAUCUCAGGUUUCUUUCCUGGCCUUAUACAUGUGGCUUACGUCCUGCGUCCGGCAGGAUUUCUGCAGAAAGCCAUCUCUGAAGUUAGCAACAAACUGUUCAAAGACGAAUUCAAAUUUCAUAUGCAAAUCUGUAAUAGCGUGGAGGAGCUGCACGAGUAUAUCGAUGUCAGCCAACUGACCCCUGACCUCUCAGGUACUCUUCCCUACAGCAACGAGGAAUGGCUUCAGCAGAGAUUUGCCCUGGAGAAAUUCUCGGCUGUGACGAAUGAAGUGUCGAGGCUGCUGCAUGACUUCACGCAGCGAAUACAGGAGGCCGGUUUUCCUAAUGACGUCGCCACCACUACCAAAGUGAUCACUGAGCAGGAGGACGAGUACACAGAGCUUAAGGAACAAAUUUUGGACGCUGCCAAGCACGGUGAAAAUUUGCUUUCUGAAAUAAGACAAUCACCUCAGUCGCAAAGCAUAUUAGCCGACUCCCAUCAAAGUGAUGCUUAUCAAACAUUCCCAGACAGAAUUUCUAAUGUCUCAGCAGUCGAGAGAUUACUGGUGCAGUUGGAAGAGACUGAAAGAACGUUCGACGACUUCUGGCAAAGUCACUACAUUAAGAUGAGCCAGUGUCUCGAGCUGCGGCAGUUUGAGCAGAACUUCAGAGAGCUGCAGACCAAGUUCGAUGACCACCUUGGCGUCAUCAGCCACAUGACCGAAAUCGGCGAGUCUGUCAAUCGAGUCGACUAUCUGAUCCACGAAGCGAGCGAAUUCGAAAGGAAAUGCCUGUUCGACUUGGAGCGUGCCGACGAGCUGCAAGGCAUUGGCACCGAACUGAUGGCCAGCAGACACUACGGCAUGGACUCGAUCAGGCCAAAGUGCGUCGAGCUGUGCAGAAUGGCCCAGAAUUUGGGCGAGCGGCUGCAGCACCGGCUGGCCCUCUUGGCAAAGUGCAGGGAGCUCCAGGAACGAAUAGAAAGGGCCAACAAAUGGUGCGCUGAGGGCAUUGAAAUGUUGGCUCAGCCAGUGGAGAAACAAUCGACCCCCGAGCAGGCGGAACAAGCUCUAGUAGAGUUGGAGGCUUUUAAUGCUGCUGGGGCAGAAUGGGGUGCUGUCAAUUCCAUCGACUUGAAGCAAACCUUCAAAGACGUAAUCACGCCAGAGACAAAGGCACUAGUGCAGCAGGUUGUGACCAGGGUGGAAGACGUACUGAUGAUGGUCGACCGGCGGCAUGAGAUGCUGAAGAAACUGGCCAUCAAACCAGCACCGAAACCUGUGCAGCAGGUCAACCCUGAGCCUGCCAUGCCCCUGGCAGGGUCCUACAGCAGCGGCAGCUCAGACGACUCCAACCAGCCGCCCAUCAACUCGAAUUUCAAGAGGACCAGAGUCAUAAGAAAGGAGUCAUCCAGCGACGUCAGCAGCUUGGCCAAAGGGAACAAUACCCAACGGACUACAGAAUGGCCCGAUUCCUCCUCGCCUGACAGUGAAGUGUCCAAUCACGACCACGAGGUGCUGAAAACCAAGCGUGGCCACGUGUUAACUGAGCUUCUGGACACUGAGAGAACCUACGUCACUGAAAUGCUCAGCAUAUUGAAGGGUUACCGUGACGAAUUACUCCUAGCUGAAAAAGAAGGACGUGCUCCAGUUCUGCUUUACGGCAAAUCUGACGUACUUUUUGGCAACCUGGAAGACUUGCAUCGAUUCCACGCAGACAUAUUCCUGACAGACCUGGAAAACUGCAUUACCACCCCUGAACUCGUUGGGCUGUGCUUUGUGCAAAGGCGGGAGUCAUUUCACCGUAUGUACAGCUCGUAUUGCCAAAACAUUCCGCGGUCAGAAGCACUGCGACAAGCCGCUGGAGAGCAGCAGUGUGCCUUCUUCAAAGAGUGUCAGCAGAAACUGGACCACAAGCUGCCACUGGGAGCGUACCUUCUCAAACCGGUGCAGCGUAUCACAAAGUACCAACUGCUGCUCAAGGACCUGCUCCGCUACUCCGAGGACUUGCCCAACUGUCUGAAAGAGUUGCAAAGCGCGCUGGACUGCAUGCUGGUCGUACUCAAGUGCGUCAACGACAGCAUGCACCAAAUUUCCAUUACUGGAUUUUGGGGCAACUUGAUGGAGCAAGGCGAGCUGCUGAUGCAGGGCCAGUUUAACAUGUGGGUGGAGAACAAGAAAGAUCGUCUAAGAGAAUUAAGGCUGAAACCCAUGCAGCGGCAAAUUUUCCUCUACGAAAAGUCCAUUUUAUUCUGCAAGAGGGUGGGUCGCGAGCCUGACACCGCAACCUACCAGUUUAAGACUUUCCUUCAGAUGUCGCAAGUUGGUCUGACUGAAAAUGUGCGAGGUUCGAAAGGGGACCAAAGGAAGCUGGAGCUGUGGCUGCAAGGCAGACAAGAAGUUUACACCGUGCAGGCACAAACAAUGCAGCAGAAAGAGGCGUUUCUGAAGGCCAUCAAGCAAGUGCUGCUGAGCCAGCUGGAGCAACUGAAAGGGGACGCCCAGAAGAAGCUGCAGCGAGGACUAUCUCAAAAUGCCAUACCAGCUCAAAGGCCACUACGUCAAACGACCUCGUGGGAGAGCCAAGCAGGCCAAGCCAUCACCUGCAUUCCAACUUCGAACGUAACGGUAGUCAUCCCUGUGCACAACAACAACGGCAUGAGAAGACGCAGUAGUAGGCACAUGAGCACGGACGCAUCAUCCGCCGCCUGUGCGGCGGAGAGAGAUGAAGACGAAGCGGGCUGGAGCUCAGAUUACAGCAACAGCGACGAGGAAGAGUGCAAUCAGGACCCCUUUGGGGCCGAGUCAUCUGAGACUGCUGCCAAAAAAUUUACAGCGUUAGCUGAUUACUGUGCCAUGGGCAGCUCAGAGGUCACGAUGCACGAGGGAGACGUGAUCGAGUUGCUAAAAGUCGGAUGUGCCGGUUGGUGGUUCGUUAAAGUUUUAGGAACUCAACAAGAGGGCUGGGCCCCCUCUGCCUACUUGGAGGUGGUCGGCGGCAAGAAGUUGAGCAGACACAGCUCGCCGUCGGUUAGCAGCCAGGACAGUGGCAUGGGCACCAACGGCCGCGGACCGCCCUGAGUGGAAACGUGAAAACUCAUCUAGUCAACUAUGAACUCGCGUUCUCCCACGAUGGAGAGAACCACCGCAUUAUUCAAUUACUAAUGUCUAUGGAUAUAUUCCCCAAGUUGUUUUAUACACUCGCCUUUGUGAAUCGAUGAUUUAUGCUCGAGCGUAGGUUUGACACCCUCCAGCAGUGAAUUUAGAUACAACUUUUCCUUUUUUCUCGAUUCAAACGCCAUUGAUUGAUUUUUGGUUUGCCACGAAAAUGCUAAAGCGAUUGUUAGAGUGCCAGAAUACUAUUGCUAAAACUGAGUUCGUCAAUACAGACAAUAUAGAAAAACUAUGUAACUGCAAAUAUAUUGCUCAGUAUAUCAUCGAGAAGCUAAAUCUCGCCCAACAAAUCUAUGUAAAUUUUACUACAGUAUAUAAUAUUAAAUAGACACCUUGGUAUCAAACUACGAUAAGACGCAACACGCAAUCUAAUCUCAUAACUGUGACUUUUUUAUCCUCUAAAAUAUUCGUACUUCCUCUUCGUGGAAAAGUUCAAAUGUCUGAAAAAUCUCUCCGGAGCUAGGAUUGCAUUCAUUGGCACUGUCUAAACUCUUGUCAAAAUUUUUGGGAAACGCAACGUGUGGACUUUGGCUUUUUGUCUCUUAUUCACUCCUCGGAUCAAUGUCUACAAGCGAGAUGUAACCUUUGAUGCACAAAAACUAAUAUACUUAAAAUUCAUAACGAUUCAUGGUUUACUCCAAUUUUCGUGGCCAGAUAAUAACAAGUGACAUUUGUGUCUUCCGAGUGCAAUUUCAUAGCAAUUCAAGCAAGACUGCAAGAAAAACAACUGCGUGCGGUCUAGAAAUAGUCAAAAUUUGUUUUAAGGACUUGAACUGGAAAAAAGAAAAUUUAAGUAAAAAAACCGCCCCUUUAAUUUGACCCUUGAAAUCUGUUCAAAUAAAUUUUAAAAGUUCACGUCCUUAACGCGUGUAGAAUUAAAACUAGAAUCAAAAUUCCAUGAUGCUUUCAACUAAAUCACCAAUUUCUGUCCAUGUAUAUUGAAUUAAUGGCCACACAAGAAAAUGCGGAAUGAAAUAGAACGAAGAGCACGGUUCCAUGUUAGCAUAGCAAAAGCACAACAACUAAAAUUGGUGUUCGCAAUCGGCCUGCAUGAAAGGAAAAAAUACUAAAUUUAGCAAAAAUGAAUGUUCCUCUCAUAAGAAUAGUGCGAAAAUCUGUCCAGAAAAACAGAAUGCGAAGAAUUUGCAAAGUGAUUUACAAUGUAAUGGUCAGGUCACCAGUGUCCUUUGAAUUUACAAGAACAUUCUACGUUAAUUAAUUUUCAACCUUGCCAAUUUUUGAUAAGAAAACGUCCCAGUUUUGAAUGUACCCAAGGACAACCGUAGACUGUUUUUAUUUUAUCUUUUUUUUCUUGUGGGAGCCUCUGGUAAAACGGAAUUUAUUUAAAUAGGUCCCAACGAUGGUUCUCUCAACUAGUUCAAAACGAAAUCAGGUGUCUGAUUUUUACCAGAGGCGAUUCUCUCCAAGAGUUGAAACUCUGCAUUUUUGAUUUGUACUGUUGUAUUCACGUUAUUAAUAAAAUUAACAAUAAAAUGAGAUCAUUUAAAGAAA